GCUAACCUCCAAUUCUUUUUCGGCCAAAACUAUUCUCUCUCUGCAGGUCUCACUCUACUCCCUCUCUGGAGAGAGAAAAAGAAGGAAAAUAGGCAAAAUCACAAUGCCGGCUCCAAUACCUUUCACGAGCGCAUCGGCCAUGAUCCGCCGCCGCCUCCUUCAAUCCACCCGCACGCGCGGAGGUGCAUCCUCCGGGCCUAGCCGCUGGACAAGCCCGGGCCAUGAGGAAACUCCCAAGGGCCUUCUCUUCAACCGCACCCCUCCUCCCCCCGGUCAAUCCCGCAAGUGGGAGGAUUGGGAGCUUCCUUGCUACGUCACCAGCUUCCUCACCAUCGUCAUCCUCGGCGUCGGGCUCAACGCCAAGCCCGACCUCACCAUCGAGACCUGGGCCCACGAGAAGGCCCUCGAGCGCCUCAAGAUGGAGAACAGCCUCGCCGCCUCAACCGGAGCAACAACAACCACUACCGACAACAAUAACAACAACGGCGAUAACGGCGAUAACGUUGAAGAUGUGCCCCACUCUGAGUCUUGAUCCAAUUACUGUCGAUUCGGAUCGGACUUUGGUUUGUUCAUUUUCUUUUUUCCUUUCUUUCAUGUUAGGGUUUAUAAAUGGGAUGGGUGCAUUGUAAUAAUUGGUAUAAAAUAACUGUGAGGGGAACAUGAACUCCUGCUUUUUGAACUCUAGCUUUGCGGUUACUACUGCAUUUGAGGUAGUUUUAAUUCACUGUUUUUUAGCUUGUUAAAGGUGAGAUUGUUGACUCGCUUUUGUUGCUAUAUUUCUAUGAAUGUGGAUAAAGACAUUCCUGAAUCUA